AAGUACACAACUUCCAGCAACACAAAUUUAUUAAUAUUCAUUAGAAUUAUUAAAAAUGCGAGGUUUAAAUGUGAAAGUUCUUCAAGGAAUAGUUCAAGGAUGCAAGGAGACAUUACCGAAUGGUCGAAAUUAUUUAAGAUUUUCAGGAAUUCCAUAUGCUAAGAAGCCAAUCAGCGAAUUGCGAUUUAAGUCACCGCAAAAACUUGUUAAAUUUGACAAAAAUCAAAUCGACUGCUCUAACGAAGGCAGUGAGUGCUUCCAUAAGUCAACAUUUUCAGGAGAAUUUGUUGGAUCAGAAGAUUGCCUUUAUCUAAAUGUUUAUGUCCCAGAGUCAACUUCAUCAUCAAAAUUAGCUGUUAUGGUCUUCCUUCAUGGAGGAGGCUUUAGUUCUGGAAGUGGAUCAAUGCAAUGGUAUUCACCAGAAUAUCUUUUAAUGGAGGACGUUGUAGUAGUGACAGUAAAUUAUCGACUUCAUGUCUUAGGCUUCUUGUCACUGCCGAGCAUGGGUAUAUCUGGAAAUGCUGGACUGAAAGAUCAACAAAUGGCACUAGAAUGGGUUCAUGAGAAUAUAUCAGAAUUUAAUGGUGAUCCUGACAACAUCUGUUUGUUCGGUGAAAGUGCAGGAGCAACUGCUGUACAUUUCCAAAUUCUUAAUCAGCGAUCAAGAAAGCUCAUAAGAAGUGCAAUUUGUCAAAGUGGAUCAGCAUUAGUUGAUUGGGGUAUUCAAAGAAAUCCACUUGAAAAGACAAAGACAUUGGCAAAAUUGUUAGGAUGCUCAAAUACUGAAAAUGAUCAACAAGUCUACAAAACUUUAAUGUCUGCACCAUUAGAAAGUUUAUUCAAGUAUUCUUGGAAGUCCGGAGAACGUGAUGAACAAAGACGAAAUAUAAAUUUUGUAUUCAAACCAUCAAUUGAGUUGCCAUCAGACGAUGCCUUUAUGUUUAAGUCACCAAUAGAAUUAAUAAAGCAGGAAGACAUCCAAAUUCCAAUAAUAUUUGGCACUAAUAACAAAGAAGGCAUGAUUCAAACAGCAUACAUGCUUAAAGUUUUAGAUAGCUUUAAUAAAGAUCCAGUAAGGAUGAUUCCAUUGUCUGUUAAUAUUGAUCCAAAUACUCCUAUUGCUUUGGAGCUUGGAAACACAAUUAAGAAGUUCUACUUUGGUGAUAAAGACGUUGGAAAGGAAACGAUUGACAAUCAUUUUGACCUCAUGACUGACAUUCAUUUUCUGACUGCACAAACCAUGUCUAAUGAGCUACACGCUCGUUUUCAACAUAAAAGUAAACAAUAUCUUUAUGAAUUUCGAUACGAUGGAGCUUUGAAUUUCUUCAAGCAAAUUUUACGUAUGAACAAAUAUAAGGGUGUUUCUCAUGCUGAUGAUUUAUUUUAUUUGUUUGGUCAGAAAAAUUUUGCACUAGAUUUGUGUGAAAACUCACCUGCUGUAAGGAUGCGAUCAACAAUGUGCAAGCUAUGGUCUAAUUUUGCAAAAUAUCAGAAUCCCACACCAGCUUUUAACAAUCCUUUAGACAAGUUGUGGAAUCCAGUAGAGUUUGCUGACUGUAAUGCAAGGACUGUUGAUUUUGAUUAUCUUGUGAUAGACGAGGAAUCAAAGAUGGAGAAGAAUGUAAAUAGUGAGAGAAUGAAUUUUUGGAGGGACAUCUAUAAGACAUGGAAUAUGGAAUUUAUUAAGCCUAAACUAUAAUUUUUUAAGAAAGCUUUUGUAAUGGAAAUUUACAUUUUAAAAUUUAUGGGGUUUUUAAUUUAAAAAUUUGAAUAAAAUGGGUUUAGCAG